AGUUCCGCCAUGGUUUUUAAAUCACCCUUCCAACCUGUAUGCCUAUGAAAGCAUGGAUAUAGAGUUUGAAUGUGCAGUCUCUGGAAAGCCUGUGCCCACUGUGCAUUGGAUGAAGAAUGGAGAUGUGGUCAUUCCUAGUGAUUAUUUUCAGAUAGUGGGAGGAAGCAACUUGCGGAUACUUGGGGUGGUGAAGUCAGAUGAAGGCUUUUAUCAAUGUGUGGCAGAAAAUGAGGCUGGAAAUGCCCAGACCAGUGCACAGCUCAUUGUCCCGAAGCCUGCUAUCCCAAGCUCCAGUGUCCUCCCUUCGGCUCCCAGGGAUGUGGUUCCUGUCCUGGUUUCCAGUCGGUUUGUCCGUCUCAGCUGGCGCCCACCUGCAGAAGCAAAGGGGAACAUUCAAACCUUUGCAGUCUUUUUCUCCAGAGAAGGUGACAACAGGGAACGAGCAAUGAAUACAACCCAGCCCGGAUCCCUUCAGCUCACUGUGGGAAACCUGAAGCCAGAAGCCAUGUACACUUUCCGAGUUGUGGCUUACAACGAGUGGGGCCCGGGAGAGAGUUCUCAGCCCGUCAAGGUGGCCACUCAGCCCGAAUUGCAAGUUCCAGGGCCAGUAGAAAACCUGCAAGCUGUAUCUACCUCACCUACCUCAAUUCUUAUUACAUGGGAACCCCCUGCCUAUGCAAAUGGUCCAGUCCAAGGUUACAGAUUGUUCUGCACUGAAGUGUCCACAGGAAGGGAACAGAAUAUAGAGGUUGAUGGACUAUCUUAUAAACUGGAAGGCCUGAAAAAAUUCACGGAGUACAAUCUUCGAUUCUUAGCUUAUAAUCGUUAUGGCCCCGGAGUGUCUACUGAUGAUAUAACAGUGGUUACACUUUCUGAUGUGCCAAGUGCUCCGCCUCAGAACGUCUCCCUGGAGGUGGUUAACUCGAGGAGUAUCAAAGUAAGCUGGCUACCCCCUCCAUCAGGAACACAAAAUGGAUUUAUUACCGGCUAUAAAAUUCGACAUAGAAAGACGACCCGCAGGGGUGAGAUGGAGACGCUGGAACCAAAUAACCUCUGGUACCUGUUCACAGGACUGGAGAAAGGAAGUCAGUACAGUUUCCAAGUGUCAGCCAUGACAGUCAAUGGCACCGGACCACCUUCCAACUGGUACACAGCGGAGACUCCUGAGAAUGACCUUGAUGAGUCUCAAGUUCCUGAUCAGCCAAGCUCUCUGCACGUGAGGCCCCAGACCAACUGCAUUAUCAUGAGUUGGACUCCUCCCUUGAACCCAAACAUCGUGGUGCGAGGUUACAUUAUUGGCUAUGGCGUUGGCAGCCCUUAUGCUGAGACAGUGCGUGUGGACAGUAAGCAGCGAUAUUAUUCCAUUGAAAGGUUGGAGUCGAGUUCCCAUUAUGUAAUCUCCCUAAAAGCUUUUAACAACGCGGGAGAAGGAGUUCCUCUUUAUGAAAGUGCCACCACCAGGUCUAUCACAGAUCCCACUGACCCAGUUGAUUAUUAUCCUUUGCUUGAUGAUUUCCCCACCUCGGUCCCAGAUAUCUCCACCCCCAUGCUCCCACCAGUAGGUGUGCAGGCUGUGGCUCUUACCCAUGAUGCCGUGAGGGUCAGCUGGGCAGACAACUCUGUCCCGAAGAACCAAAAAUCAUCCGAGGUGCGACUUUACACUGUCCGGUGGAGGACCAGCUUUUCUGCGAGUGCAAAAUACAAGUCAGAAGACACAACAUCUCUAAGUUACACAGCUACAGGCCUCAAACCAAACACAAUGUAUGAGUUCUCGGUCAUGGUGACAAAAAACAGAAGGUCCAGCACAUGGAGCAUGACAGCACAUGCCACCACGUAUGAAGCAGCCCCGACCUCUGCGCCCAAGGAUUUGACAGUCAUUACUCGGGAAGGGAAGCCUCGCGCUGUCAUUGUGAGUUGGCAGCCUCCCUUGGAAGCCAAUGGGAAAAUUACUGCUUACAUCCUGUUUUAUACCUUGGACAAGAACAUCCCAAUCGAUGACUGGAUUAUGGAAACAAUCAGUGGCGAUCGGCUUACACAUCAGAUCAUGGAUCUCAACCUCGACACUAUGUAUUACUUUCGAAUUCAAGCACGGAAUUCGAAGGGAAUGGGUCCUCUUUCGGAUCCCAUUCUCUUCAGGACUCUGAAAGUGGAACACCCUGACAAAAUGGCUAAUGACCAAGGUCGUCAUGGAGAUGGAGGGUAUUGGCCAGUUGAUACUAAUUUGAUUGACAGAAGCACCCUAAAUGAGCCACCCAUUGGCCAGAUGCGCCCUCCACAUGGCAGCGCCACCCCUCAGAAGAACAGCAGUCUGCUUGUCAUCAUCGUGGUCACCGUUGGUGUCAUCACAGUGCUGGCGGUCGUGAUCAUGGCUGUGAUUUGCACCCGGCGCUCUUCAGCCCAGCAGAGAAAGAAACGGGCGACCCAUAGUGUUGGUAAAAGGAAGGGCAGCCAGAAAGACCUCCGACCUCCUGAUCUCUGGAUCCAUCAUGAAGAAAUGGAGAUGAAAAAUAUCGAGAAGCCAGCAGGCACCAACCCUACAGGGAGAGACUCCCCCAUCCAAAGCUGCCAAGACCUUACCCCGGUCAGCCACAGUCAGUCAGAAACCCAACUGGGCAGCAAAAGCACCUCUCAUUCAG